GCAGUUACUCCAACUUACACGCACGGGUCGUCGUCUCCCUCCUCGCGAAGAUCCAGUAGCAGCAGCCAUGGCGAAACCGCAUCCUCUUCUGGCCGCCGCGGCGGCCGCACUGCUACUUCUCGUCGCCUCCGCCAAGAAAUCCGGCGACGUGACGGAGCUCCAGAUCGGCGUCAAGCACAAGCCAGAAUCCUGCAGCAUUCAAGCUCACAAAGGCGACAGAGUUAAAGUUCACUACCGUGGAAAACUUACUGAUGGAACAGUUUUUGACUCUAGCUUUGAAAGGGGCGACCCAAUUGAAUUUGAGCUGGGCACUGGCCAAGUGAUUAAAGGAUGGGAUCAGGGACUUUUGGGCAUGUGUGUUGGUGAGAAGAGGAAGCUGAAGAUCCCUUCAAAGCUCGGCUAUGGUGCUCAAGGAUCACCACCAACCAUUCCUGGUGGAGCAACUCUCAUUUUUGACACAGAGCUUGUUGCUGUCAAUGGUGAACCAUCCAGCAAAUCAGAUGACAGCGAGCUUUAGAUAGCCUAUCUUACGCAUCAGAACAAAGUCUAGUUGUCGAAUCAAAUAGAUGAAUGCGUGGAACAUGUACUCUAGUUGUGCCAAUGCAUUCAUUCCAAAUUCAGAUCUCAUAGAGAAAUGAACUUUUGUGCUUUUAUUUUUUUUACCAUGACUUUGUCUGCUACUACAUUUUAUAACAUAAAGGCUUGACCUAACUAUUAGCCCCUUUAUCUUUCUGAACAAUCGCAUGAUCUUAUGAAUCAUCUUUUGUUUCAAGAACAAGAAUGUCAGUUGGUCGGCUCUGUGGUAGAUUUGUGUUACGC